AUGAGUGGCUGGAGUCGAGCAUUGUGGGGUGGCAACAGACCAAAACUUUCGCCGUUUGGAAGCCGGGCUAAUCCACCAAAUGUCACCGAAGAGGACUACUCCUAUAUCACAUCUCAGGAUCUAGCUUCUCGUGAGAGAGCCUCUGAAACUUCAAGGCACUCGGAACCAUCGAGUUUACAAACUGACUGCGAUGUUCUCUUGGUCAAAAGUGAUGGUAUAACGUACCCUGUAAAGUUCCCCUCACGAUCAAUCGCCGAUGGAAUAUUGCAAGUUAAAGAUCUAAGAGAGAAAAUUACAGCUAUUAUGGAACUACGCGAAGGCAAAAUACAAGACAUGAAAUUAUUGCAUAAAGGGCAACAAUUGAAUGAUGAUUGUAGACCAUGUCGAGAUUACGAUCUUAAGAAUCACAGCGAAAUACUUUGUAUACUUGAUAAGCCUCAAAGUCAACUAGACAACUCUAGUGAAUUAGAUCAAAAUACAGAAGAUAAAAAGAAAAAACGUUCUCGUGGUAAGAAAGGGAGGAAAGCUGCAUUGAAGAAUAAAGACUCGAAUCUUUCUCAGCCAGAUAACUCUGCGAGCUCACGCCCUGUAACACCCUCUCCACCAGGAGUACAAAGUUUAAUAGAGAAGCUGUCCACGAUAUCUAGUCAUUUCCACACUAAAAUAUUACCAUUAUGCGUACAAUUCACUGCAUCGCCACCAGAUGAUACCAAGAAGAAAGAUUUUGAACACAAGAAGCUCAGCGAAACUAUUAUGAACGAGGUGAUACUCAAGCUGGAUGCGGUCGAUACUGAAGGAUCGAGCGAUGCUAGAGAAAAGAGAAGAGCUAUAGUGAGAGAAGUUCAGGAAGUACUCAGUAGCUUGGAUAAGGCUGUAGGGAUCUAG